AUGAAAUACCGCAUAUAUCAAGAACAAAGACCUGGUCUAGUUGUACGACCUACGGUUCGGAAAAAGGCAGUGCCCGACGAAACUCCCAAGGAAUUGAAAAGAUUGAUGCAAAAGAUACCCAGACAAACUCCCAAAGAAUUGGAAAACACUUGUGUUCAUUCAUCGGAAAUCUGGAACCCAUGGAAUAACGAACACUUGACGAUCGUUGGAAGCUACAAUACUGGUGAUGGAAAUAUAAAGAUCAUUGAAGUUAUAAAAUCGGUUUGUAUAGUUUUGAACGUCAAGGGUUUCUCCAUCGCCGACGCAAUACACAAUGAGUUUGAAAAUUUGUCCUUAAAAUUUACUACAUAUUCGUCAUCUAUCUAUUUCACCUAUCUACUGGCCGCCAAAACAGGUUUUAAGUUAACCAGUUUCAUCAACCAGCUUAGACUAUCAGCGGUCAAGACCAUCCAUUUAUUGUAUGCAGCGACUUUACAACUAAGAAAAACAACGGCCCCUAGUCCCCAGCAGGCCUUAAGUGAUCAAGGGGUGCCAAGAAUCCCUGGGAAGUAUGCAAUAGCGGAGGGAUGUUGCAGAAAAAUUCAGAAUGGCCCCUCUAUGGUACUUAGACUUGGAACGCUCAAUGUUGGAUCACUGACUGGCCGCAGCAUGGAAAUCGCAGAAAUGUUCGAGCGUAGAAGGAUUGACAUCUGCUGCUUUCAGGAAACCCGAUGGAAAUCGAAUGGUGUCUGUCAUGUCAACUCAGACAAAGAAAAAUAUAAACUAUUCAGGAAUGGUCAAAAGACGGCCAAAAAUGGUGUUGGAAUUUUUGUCAGAGAACCAACCGCUAGCCCAAGAAGUACUGGAUAUUAA